UGUCCCCCUCUCUCUCUCUGACACUCUGAAUCGACAGGCACGGACGCCGCCUCCGGAUUCCAAGCGCUCUACACCUCGGCCGCCGGCGUCCACUGCCCCGGCUAGGUCCCACCCAGGUGUAGCUCCAAGAGCAGGCGCCUGGUGAUGGCCAACAGCGAGUAUGAGUACGUGAAGCGGGAGUUCGAGUUCGACCGCCGCCUCCCGGCCUCCAACUGGAUCGUCGUCCGCAUCGAUGGCUGCCAUUUCCACCGAUUCUCGAAGAUGCAUGCCUUUGAGAAACCAAACGAUGAGAGAGCUUUAAAUUUGAUGAACGCUUGUGCCAUUUCUAUGCUCGAGAAAUUCCCUGAUAUAGUGUUUGCCUAUGGUGUUAGCGAUGAGUACAGUUUUGUUUUCAGAGAGGAAACAGAAUUCUAUCAGAGGCGGGAAAGCAAAAUUCUCUCUUUAUGUGUUUCUUACUUCACAUCUCUGUACGGGAUGAAGUGGAAAGAUUUCUUUCCGAAUAAUGAUUUGAAGGAGCCUGCAUAUUUUGAUGGGCGAGUUGUAUGCUAUCCAAAUAUGAAGAUCAUUCGUGAUUAUUUGGCAUGGAGACAAGUGGACUGUCAUAUAAAUAAUCAGUACAAUACGUGCUUCUGGAUGUUGGUGAAAUCUGGAAAGACUGAAAAGGAGGCACAACAAACUUUGAAGGGAACAUUUUCUAAGGACAAGAACGAGUUGCUUUUGCAACAGUUCCAAGUCAACUAUAAUGACGAACCGGCUAUGUUUCGGAAAGGGUCCAGUGUUUAUCGAGAUAAGGUCAAAAGAAAGGUGAAAACAGAUGACUAUGGGAAUCCCAUAAAAAGAACCCAGAUGGCAAUUACAGUGUCAAAUUUCGAUAUCAUAGGGCCUGAGUUUUGGGAAAAACAUCAAUACAUUCUUCGAGAAGAAAAAUAUAGAUACGAGUAUGUGAAGAAGUUCGACAACAUACCUAGGCUUCCAUGUUCUAAUUGGACCGUUGUUCGCAUCAGCGCCUGCCAGUUUGAUCAAUUUUCGCUGAUCCAUUCAUUUGACAAGCCAAAUGAUGAGACUGCUUUAAGAUUGAUGAACGCUUCUGCUUCCCUGACGAUGGAGCAAUUUCCUGAUAUUAUCUUUGGUUAUGGGUUUAGCAAUGAGUACAGCUUUGUGUUUCAGGAGAACACUGAAUUGUACCAGAGAGAUGAGCGAUUAAUCCUUUCUUCAUGUUCCUCAUAUUUCACUUCCUUUUACAUGAUGAAGUGGAAAGAAUAUUUCCCCAGUAAAGAAUUAGUGCAGCCACCACGCUUCGAAGCAGAAUUUCUCUGUUACCCAAAACCAAAGAUCGUUUGUGACUAUUUGUCCUGGAGGCAAGCAGAAUGUCAUAACAGGAACCAAUACAAUACAUGCUUUUGGAUGUUAGUGAAAUCUGGAGAAAGCGAAGACAAAGCUAAUGAGAUACUGAAGGACACAUUAUCAAAGGACAAGAACGAGCUACUUUUUCAGCGAUUCCAAAUGAACUAUAACAAUGAACCGGCUAUGUUCCGAAAGGGUUCAUCUGCUUACCAUCAAAAGGUUGGAGAAUUUGCGGAGGUGGGACCCAAUGAAGAUGUUGCAAGGGAUGGGCGGGAUGUGGCGGUGGCCCAUGUAGACAUGGGGCCAGACUUUUGGAGAAAGCAUCCUUAUAUUUUUAACAGAUGAUACUUGUAUUUGUUCUAGGCUGAUUAGUAGUUCUCUUCAUUGUCUCAAUUUUUGUCUAAGAACAUCAGAGUUUGUAGAUUCUGUUAACAGUGC